GACGUUGAACUGAAAUACAAUGCAUUCAAUACUUAAACAUGUUUCAAAAUCCUGUAAUGGCUGGAUCACGAUACAGAGAUUAAAGGACAUUCGGACAAAAACUGAAAACCAUUAUGGUGUGUCGAUUCCUGAAUUUUAUAAGGGAAAAUCUAUAUUUAUAACUGGAGGUACUGGAUCUAUUGGAAAGUUGAUAAUAGAAAAAUUACUUUAUAGCUGUCCAGACAUUGAAAAAAUCUUCAUGCUAAUGCGAGCUGACUCAGAGGAACAUGCAAAGAAACGCAUUCAAACUAUGAUAACAGACUCAUCAUUUAAUAGACUUAAUAAAGGAAAAGUGGAAUCAAAACUAGUACCAGUCGUAGGUUCUUUAGGUUCCCCUAAUUUGGGCAUACACACAAGAGACCUAGAAAAAAUAACCAAUGAGGCUUCAAUUAUUAUUCAUUUAGCAGCUACAUUAAGUUUUAAUGAGCCAUUACAACAGGCGAUGUCAUAUAAUGUUAAUGGGACGGGGGACGUUCUUAGAAUAGCAAAGAAGUUGAAGAAUAUAGAGGCUUUGGUCCACGUGUCUACGGCAUACUGUGUAGCCGAUGAAGAAAAUAAUGAUGUAGAAGAGACUGUCUACAAAGUGCCAAAUGUAAAAUCUGUUAUAGCUAACAUAAAUAACACUUUAGAAAAAUGUAAAGAUGGUAAUAUAGAUUCAGAUUUAUUGGGUGGCGCCACUAACACGUAUGUGUUUUCUAAGCAUCUAGCUGAGAGUCUUGUGGCCGAAGAGAGCGAAAAUUUACCUGUGGCCAUUGUAAGACCAACAAUGGUCUCCUGCUGUUUGAAGGAACCUGCCGAAGGUUUUCUCAGUUGUGUCAACGCUCAUUCACUCGUUUUAUAUUACAUUGGUAAUGUCACCCCUAUACUGUACUCGAGGAGAAAAAACAUACAAGAUUUCAUCCCGGCGGACUAUGUAUGCAAUUUGAUCAUUGUUGCUGCCGCAAAUGCUGCUAGGUCAAAAGGAUUGGUGGUAUAUAACAGUGCAUCGUCCUCUAACAAUCCGCUGAUAUUCGAAGACAUGACAUCUAUCGCCCGUUCCUACUUUAAUAAACCGUUACACCCAAGCCUAUUCUUUACGGAUUCGAAGCUAGUCUGGUACACCGUAAUGUACUUAAUGAGGGUUAUGCCAGCUUAUUUUGUUGAUACAUGGAACAGAAUUCUUGGCCGACAGUCAAGGCAAGUUCGUUCGCAGAAGAAUUUGAUGGGGGCGCUAUUAAAGACUAACUACUUCUACAGAAACUCGUGGAUAUUCAAGAACGAAAAUGUGUUGACUCUCUACAGAUCUCUCAGUGACGCAGACAAAAAAAUAUUCCCAUGCGAUCCAUCAGAUAUUGCCUGGAAGGAACACCUGACAAUGUACAUUCAAAGUAUUACCAAAAUAUUAAAGGAUAAAAUAUGACACUAACCUAAAAGAUACAGACUCAAACAUCCUCAGGAAGGUUGUGUGCAUAA